UAACGUUGAAUGCAUUGCUGUUUCAAAAUACUUUUAAAAUAUCUGAUAUUUUUUUAGUUGACGCCGCGCGUUCGCGCUUGUGGUUUGCUCGUUCACGCGGCUUUUGUGGCGUCACGUCGACUCGACACGGAAAUAUAGAAAUAUAUUGCAAAGAGCGACUGAGAGAUGUGGAAGUCAGCGGUGGGCCACAAUGUGAGCAUGAAGGUGGCUGCAGAAGGCGAUGACUGGGAGACCGACCCGGACUUUGAGAAUGAUGUGUCGGAGCACGAGCAGAGGUGGGGGGCCAAGACUAUUGAAGGCUCUGGCCGCAAAGAGCACAUCAGUGUUGCAAAGCUGAGACACACAGUGGCCGCCGAGCACGAGCAGGUGAAGCAUCAGGAGAAGACCCCCAAAGCGUCCUACGGCUACGGGGGGAGGUUUGGCGUGGAGAAGGACCGCAUGGACAAGGUGGCCAUGGGACACGACUACGUGGCUCAGGUGGAGCGGCACAGCUCCCAGAAAGAUGCGGCCAGAGGCUUUGGAGGGAAAUUUGGGGUGGAGAAAGAUCGUGUGGACAAGUCUGCUCUGGGCUUUGAGUAUAAAGGACAAGUCCAGCAGCAUACGUCACAGACAGACUACUCCAAAGGCUUUGGAGGCAAAUACGGGGUGGAGAAGGACAAGGUGGACAAAGCCGCGCUGGGCUACGACUACAAAGGCCAGACAGAGAAGCAUCAGUCUCAGAGAGGCGAGUCCACGCUGCUGCUCGACUCCUGCUCCUGCUCGACACACGGCUCACCUUUUCUCCCUCUCCUUUGUAUCCAACCAGAUUAUUCCAAAGGCUUUGGCGGCAAAUACGGCGUGGAGAAAGAGAAAGUGGACAAAGCCGCCGUGGGGUACGACUAUUUGGGCCGCACGGAAAAGCACCAGUCCCAAAAAGAUUACGCAACAGGUUUCGGAGGUCGUUACGGUGUGCAGUCAGAGCACAUGGAUAAGAGCGCAUCCGGCUUCUCCGACAUGGACUCUCCUGCCUCCGUUUAUGAGAAGAUGCAGCCAGUAGAAGCCUCCGCCGCCAGCGCGGGGAAGCUGAAGGCUCGUUUCGAGAGCAUGGCCAAGGCCUCCGAUGAGGAGAACAGGCAGAGAGUAGAAGAAGAGAGAAGCAGGAGGAAGGACCGAGAGAAGAGAGAGCAAGAGGAAGCCAAACGUAGACAACAGGAGCAGAAGAGCAGAGAGGAACAUCUUCAUGCAGCAGAGUGUGAAGCCCCACCACAGGUCUACCCGAACAUACCAGAAGAACCGAAACCACAGCCAAAAUGCGAGGAGGAGGAGGCUCCAGUCUUGCCUCCACGCGCAGACCGUUUCCUGGAUUACCCGCCGCCCCCCAUGGUGGAGGAGGAGGAUAUUGGUGUGUAUGAUGAAGGUGAGGAGUACAAGGAGAUCCCUCCAGCGCCCCCUGUGGAGGAGGAGGAGGAUAUGGGCGUAUAUGAUGAAGUGACGGCAGAAGAUGGAGGCGAGGAGUACGAGGAAGUUGCCACAGCACCCCCACCAGCUUGGCCGGCUACCGGCGACUACGAAGACCUGUCAGGUGGCGUCCAAGCAAAAGCACUUUAUGACUAUCAAGGAGAGGACAUCGACGAGAUCUCCUUCAAUCCAGACGAUGUGAUCACCAACAUAGAGAUGAUCGAUGAGGGCUGGUGGAAGGGAAGUUGCCACGGACGCACCGGCCUCUUUCCAGCAGCGUACGUUCAGCUGAUGCAGUGAGCUGCGCUACGACAGUGUCCGGUCACAUUGAGUUGUAAGGUUAUGUUGCUCGUAUGCCAACAAAUUUCAAUAAAUCUAUGCUCUAGAGAGUUUAAUGCAAUUCUGAACUUUGUAUGGUCUUGCAUACAUCUCUUGUUUGCGGGUAGAAAUGAAGAAUUCUCAAAACAUUGGAACUGUCAAACCACUGGACUGUUUACAUCUACUACCUGCAUCUGUCCAUACAUCAACUCAUUCACAUCAUUAUUAACAAUAUCAUCCCCAUUGUGACAGUCAUCGUGGAUGGGGGAGUGGGGGGUCAGAGCAAACAUCUGUCAAACAUCUCCUUUCUAUCACCAGGCAAUGCCCUUCUUCUUCUUGCCCUGGCCGCCUUUCUUAGCCAUUCGCUUGCUUU